AGAGAGAGAGAGAGAGGCUAGCAAAUUAUACUAACCACCACAACCCCUUUUCCUUCCUCCUCCUCCUCCUCCUCCUUCUUCUUCUUCUUCUUCCUCUCUCUGACACUCACUUACUCACCUAAAACUUCUCCUUCUGAUCACCCUAAUUAAUGGCGAAAAUCUCAAAGAAAAACACUUGUACAGCAGUUACAGCCGGAAAAGGAGCGGGAGGUACUAUUAUUAAGAAGGAGAAGAAGGAGAAGGCGGCGGCGGCGGGAAAGAGGACGAGAAAGAGCGUGCCAAGAGAUUCCCCUCCCAAGCGCAGUUCGAUUUACAGGGGCGUCACCAGGCACCGGUGGACUGGACGGUACGAAGCCCAUUUGUGGGACAAGAACUGCUGGAACGAGUCACAGAACAAAAAGGGCAGGCAAGGGGCGUACGACGAUGAAGAAGCUGCGGCACAUGCCUAUGACUUGGCAGCAUUGAAGUACUGGGGACAAGACACCAUCCUUAAUUUCCCUUUGGCGACCUACGAGAAUGAGUUCAGAGAUAUGGAGGGAUUGUCCAAAGAAGAAUACAUCAGUUCUCUGAGAAGAAAAAGUAGCGGCUUCUCCCGCGGCGUCUCCAAGUACAGAGGCGUGGCAAGACACCACCAUAAUGGGAGAUGGGAAGCUCGGAUUGGUCGAGUUUUCGGCAACAAGUAUCUCUACCUUGGAACUUAUGCCACUCAAGAAGAAGCGGCCACAGCGUAUGACAUGGCAGCCAUAGAGUACAGGGGGCUGAACGCCGUCACAAACUUCGACCUGAGCCGUUACAUCAAAUCGCUGCGCCCAAACAGCCAAACACCUUCCGCCGGCGCCUCCCAACGGAACCCUAACGGCGACGACGCUGUAACCGUCCAUUCGCCGCUCCAAAGCGUUAUCACUGACGACCACCAUAACAACCAGCUGCCCGCCACACCCGAUAGCUCCCCGGGAACCAUCACGCCGCCCGCGUGGGGCAACGGCGGGUCGUCGUCGUCGUCGUCAUCAUCGGCGUCAUCUUCGUCGUCGGCUUUAGGGCUUCUGCUGCAAUCGUCCAAGUUCAAGGAAAUGCUGGAGAGAAGUUCAACGAAUUCCACCGCCGACGACUGCCAAUAUUCGACGCCGCCGAGGGAUGUGUCUGAAUCCGAUCACCGAAUCCCGCGGCGGAGCUUCCCGGAGGACAUCCAGACGUACUUCGACUGCCAGGAUUCCGGCGGCAUCGAAGGCGACGAACUCCUCUUCGGAGACCUCAAUUCAUUCGCUUCACCUAUUUUCCACUGCGAGCUUGAUGGGUAGAUUAAUCUGAUAAAAACAAUUAUCAUAAGUUUUUUUUAUUUAGAGUGCCAAAAAAAAACUCAAUUUGAUUAAUUGAUUUUAUAGAUAUUUUUAAUAUUUAUUACCUAUAUAUAUCCUUACAAAAAUUAAUGAUUUUAACAAACUGCUAAACAGAGAUUAAUUUGGGGAGGGGGAUAUAUAUCACAGAAGAGAACGUAACAUUACUAUAUAUUCCAGUUCUGUGGCAGAACUAGAGGAUGUGUUACAAUUUUUAUUAUUAUUUUAUCUUUAUUAAUGGUGUUUUAUUUUGUAAUUGUAGAUUGAUGGAAGGUAAGACAUUAUAAUAGUUUUAACAGUUUACC